AUGCAAACUUUGAAGACAAAGCUCAUUAGUAGUAAGUCUUAUUAUGCACCCAAUUUACAAAGAAAAUUAGAUGAUAUUGAAGCUUCUGACCUUUCAUGGGGGAUCUGCUUGGAAGCUGUGUACUUUGGUGUUAGUCACCAUCUGUGUUGA